AACAAAAAGACACUCUUUUUAUUUAUAAAAAAAAACGUGUGAGGUUGGUGAUUGGUCCAUGGGUAGAGCCACCACCAGAAUUCCGAUGAGCCAUCGUGUCCUGUCACCAAACCACAAUUACAACACCGGUGAUAACCCACAUGAUCAACCGACGGUGCAAUUGUCUGGUUCAAUCUUUGGGUUUCUCGAGGAAGAAGCCACCAUAUUAUCGUUACCGGAAAAUGACACGUAUAGCGACAAUAUCCAACAUGAAAUCGAAGAUGAUAACGAGACCGAAAACCCUGAAGAUAUCGAAGACAAGAUCAAAUUUUGGGAUACCCAACAUGAGAAUUUACAUUCGACGUUAUUUAGGACAACAAUGUUCGAGUCAAAGAUCCGAAAUAUAGCAAAAGAAGUACUUUUGGAAGUUGAGAUGGCUGAGAAUGAAUGUUCUUGUUCGAGACCAGUCCCCGGUGGUUGCCGGAGUUGUAGGAUGAGAGAAAUUUGUAGCCGGUUGCAGAAUUCCGGUUAUGAUUCUGCUAUUUGCAAGUCCAAAUGGAAGAGCUCCUUAGAUAUUCCAUCAGGAGAGCACACGUUUGUGGAUGUGAUCGACAACUCUAAUCAUAAAAAGGGUGAAGUGAGGGUGAUAAUCGAGUUGGAGUUACGAGGUCAAUUUGAAAUGAAGAAAGGAAGUGAAGAGUAUAAUGGUCUUGUAUCCAAACUUCCCGAUAUAUUCGUGGGAAAGAUCGAUAGACUGCAAACUGUGAUUAAACUACUGAGUAAUGCGGCUAAAAAAUGCAUGAAGGAAAAGAAAAUGCAUUUGGGGCCAUGGAGAAAGCAACGAUACAUGCAAGCAAAAUGGCUUAAAGUCAUUGAACGGAUUACACCCAUCACAUUAACACUGACUAAGCCAUUAGAGGUAGAUCAUAGUUAUUCUACCCGAUCGCCUUAUAAGGCUAAAUCAUCGAUGUUAACUAUGGAUCUUCUUGACAACUUGUCAAAUAUGUCUUAUGUUUAUGUCCAUACUGUUGAAGUUUUGUGAAAAAUAUUAUACUUAUUGACAUGUCAGUACAUUUUUAUGAAUAAGAUUACUUAUUUUGUAGGCA